CGGUCCGGAUCAUUGUCCAUCCAUCCAUCUACAUCCGUCGCACAACCCGCAAUUACACCGUCCAGCAGAACCAGACAGUGCACCCGCGGCUAAGCAAGCCAUGAUCACCAGAAUAGGGGCCAGGGCCGGCUCGAGAACCCUCGCCUGCUCAGCAUGCCAACGGCGCACAAUAAGCCUCUCGGCGCCGUUGCUCCAACAGCAAAAGCCGCAACCGCAACAAAAACAGCCCACACAACCACCACCCACAAGACCAUCCGCCCUGAGCGGUGAUGCGCAACAGGAAGAGGUCCUGCUCGAGAAGCCGAGCUUCGUCAGGGCGCUCACCGAAGACCGGAAGCCGCCAGAGGCCAGCCCGUUUGGAGACGCGCCCAGGUCGUACGGCAAGCAGUCCGACGAGACCUUCAAGCCGCGGCCGCUGGCUCGCCCGAUCGGCAUGAAGGACCCGCCCAGGCCGGGCGACAACUCCGGGCUGGACUUUCGGACCAUCCAGCAGCGGAGGGACGAUUUUGUCAACUACGAGAAGCACCUUAUCAAGCGAAAACAGAUGAUCGACCAAUACGUACGCCCCUACUUCCGCGACUGGAGCAACAUGCAGUGGCACAAGGGCAAGUCCUUCGUGGCGCCCCCUCGGCUGUUCAAGGCCGAGCACGCGCUCUACUUUCCCAACUUUUACGGCAAGACGCUGUCCAAGGCCGACCCGAUCCCGCGCGACACCACUACCACGCUGGCCGGCAAGGCGUCGGUCGUUUCCAUCUUUAGCAGCCAGUGGGCCGAGAGCCAGGCCAACUCGUUCAUCGGUCUCAAGGAGAACCCGGAGCUGCACGAGGUCCUCAAGGCGAAUCCGGGACCGGCGCAGCUUGUCCGGAUCAACGUCGAGGAUCAGCUGCUCAAGCAGUGGGUGCUGAGCUUGUUCGAGGGCAACCUGAGGAGGCAGGUCGGCGAGGAGAACUGGGAGCGCUACUUUAUCGUCAAGAACGCCAUCUCCAUGGAUAUCAGGGAGUCCAUUGGUGUCCUUAACGCCCGUGUGGGUUAUACCUACCUUGUGGACAGCAGCUGGCGUAUCCGCUGGGCAGGCAGCGGGUACAGCGAGGAGGACGAGCGCAAGAGCUUGGUCAAAGGGUUGCAACGCUUGCUGAGGGAGAUGGAGACUGAGGCUUGAUCAGGGAGUCCAGAAGCUGCUGCUGCUGCUGCUGCUGGUGCUGGUGCACACCGUACUAGCGUCCCAUCCCAUGCGAACCUGUAUAAUAUAAUGUAAACAUCUGUACGAUAAGCAUGCCGCCUUCUCUUCUGACGGGAAGUCCUAUCCAAUUUGAAGAUACCCGCCCGGAAAAGGGUACUGUCUGUUUAUACACGGGGCUUUGAAAAUCACAGAUAAUAUCCGCCCGUAACUCCAUCCCAAAAAUUAACGCCGAUGCUUGCAAAAUAAAAAUUGCAAAUAAAUAAUGUCACACCCUCAUUUGCAU